AUGCGCCUCAAAUACAUUUAUCAUGGCAAAGAUACUGUACCACACCCCUUCCAUGUGAAGUCUAGUUGGAUUCCCCCAGUUCAACGGUCAGUUGCUCUAGAAUCCUAUUUAGAGGAAGUCAAACUACGGCUAACAGAAGUGCCACUAAAUAAACCUAAAAACAAUCUGCCGCCUGGGGAGCGCCGAGCGCUCCGUGAACUUAUUCAAAACAAAGAAAUAAUCCUUAAGAAAGCAGAUAAAGGCACAACAACCGUCAUAAUGAAAAGAGAGAACAAAAUAAAUGAGGGACAAAAACAGUUGGAUGAUAGAAACAACUAUCAACCUUUGGAAAAACCAAUGGUUAAGGACACAUCCCAGAGAGUUAAACACCUCAUUAACACUCUACAUAACGAAGGUUUCAUUGACGAAAUGACAGUAAAAUGGUUUAACCAGACACCAGAUCCGCCACGAAUUCCAGUAUUCUACACUCUCACAAAAAUACACAAACCGACUUUAGUUGGAAGACCUAUCAUUUCGGGGUGCGAUGGCCCCACAGAACGCCUCUCAUCAUUUGUAGACAAGCUACUUCAGCCAAUAGCACAAAUACAAGACUCGUAUCUUAAAGAUACGACACAUUUUAUAAGAUUUAUCGAAAACACUAGGGUGCCUAGUAACGCUUUCUUAGUCUCAAUGGAUGUCACCAGCCUUUACACGAAUAUCCCACAGGAGGAAGGAAUUACUAUAGUAUGCAACGCAUACGAAAAAUUUCAUGACAAAAACCCUCCUAUAGCUACACACCUGCUUAAAGAAAUGCUCAGUCUUAUCCUUAAAGAGAACUCUUUCCAUUUCAAUGGGAAAGACUAUCUCCAGACUCACGGAACUGCUAUGGGCACGAAAAUGGCAGUAGCUUUUGCCAACAUUUUUAUGGCAACAAUAGAAAAGGAGAUCUUAAAACAAAGCAGAAGGAAACCACUAACGUGGAAAAGGUUUAUUGACGACAUAUUCUCUUUGUGGGACACAAACAAAGAAGAUAUA